AUGCUCUGCCUUUUCCAGCCAGGACCAACUCCCAACAGGACCUGUGGUUGUACCCGUCUCCUUCCUCUCUCCUCGGACCCCCUUCUUGGCCUACCGUCACGCCUCACGAGUCGCCAUGGACCCCAACGCCAUCAAGGAGGAGCUGCGCCUGUUUCAGAGCACCCUGCUCCAGGACGGCUUGAAGGAACUGCUGAGUGAGAACAAGUUUGUGGACUGUACCCUGAAGGUGGGCGACCGCAACUUCCCCUGCCACAGGCUGAUCAUGGCCGCCUGCAGCCCGUACUUCAGGGACAUCUUCUUCACCGAGGACGGGAAGGAGGUGGAGAACACCAAGGAGGUGGUCCUGGACGACGUGAACCCCACCAUCCUGGACAUGAUCAUCCAGUACCUCUACUCGGCGGAGAUCGACCUCACCGACGACAAUGUUCAGGAUAUAAUCGCCGUGGCGAACAGGUUCCAGAUCCCUUCGGUCUUCACGGUAUGUGUGAACUACCUUCAGAAGAAGCUGUCCCUGGGGAACUGUCUGGCCAUUUUCAGGAUGGGCCUGGUGCUCAGCUGCCCCAGGCUCGCGGUGGCCGGCCGCAACUUCAUUGCAGACCGCUUUGAGCUCCUCUACAAGGAUGAGGAGUUCCUCAAGCUGGCGCCCCACGAACUGUUUGCCGUCAUCGGCGGGGACACUCUUAACGUGGAGAAGGAGGAGCUGGUGUUCGAGGCGGUCAUGGCCUGGGUCCGCUACGACAAGGACAAGCGCGUCAAGGUCCUGAAGGAUGCGUUCAACUGCAUCCGCUUCCGACUGCUGCCGGAGAAGUACUUCAACGAGAGAGUUCAGAUGGACGAGCUCGUCAAGGCCGACCCGGAGAUACAGAAGAUGGUCCAGGUCAUCAGGGAUGCCUUCAAGGGAAAGCUUCCAGAGAAACCCAAGAAGAAGGAGGGGGAGGAGGGAGGCGAGGAAGAGGAGAGUCCUUUCCCCGGCUUCCUGAAUGACGAUCGGAGACACGGCAUGUACGCUCGUGACUUCAUCCUGAUGAUCAACGACACGGCGGCAGUGGCGUACGACGUCGGCGAGAACGAGUGCUUCCUGGCGGCCAUGUCGGAACAGGUGCCACGAAACCACGUGAGCCUGGCGUCGCAGAAGAACCAGCUCUACAUCAUCGGAGGACUGUUUGUGGAUGAAGAAAACAAGGACGCCCCCCUGCAGUGUUAUGUGUACUUGCUGGAUCCGCUCUCCUCCGAGUGGGUCGCCCUGCCGCCGAUGCCCUCCCCGAGGUGCCUCUUCAACAUCGGCGAGAGCGACAACCUGCUGUUCGCCGUGGCGGGAAAAGACCUGCAAACCAACGAGUCGCUGGACUCCGUCAUGUGCUACGACGUGGAGAAGAUGAAGUGGAGUGAGACCAAAAAGCUUCCUCUGAAGAUCCACGGCCACGCAGUCGUCUCCCACAAAGGACUGGUGUACUGCAUCGGAGGCAAGACAGACGACAACAAAGCCCUCAACAAGACGUUCGUGUAUAACCACAAGCAGUCGGAGUGGAGGGAGCUGGCAGCCAUGAAGACGCCCAGAGCCAUGUUCGGCGCCGUCGUCCACAACGGAAAGAUCGUGGUGGCGGGCGGAGUCAACGAGGAAGGCCUCACUGCCUCGUGCGAGGCCUUCGACUUCGCAACAAACAAGUGGGAGCCCUUCGCCGAGUUCCCUCAGGAGCGCAGCUCCGUCAACCUGGUGAGCACCGGCGGCUCGCUGUACGCUGUGGGCGGCUUCGCCAUGGUGCAGAUGGAGAACAAGGAGGUGGCUCCCACAGAAGUCACCGACGUCUGGCAGUACGAGGACGACAAGAAGCAGUGGAGCGGCAUGCUGAGGGAGAUGCGCUACGCCGCCGGCUCCUCCUGCGUGUCCAUGCGCCUCAACGCCGCCCGGAUGCCCAAACUGUAGAUGCCAUCUUUGACAGGAAUCUCUGCCUGAACUGGGAUGAUUUCUAUCUGCCUCUUCAAAGACUGCAACGGAGUCGCGCCUCAGAGAGCUCCCUGCAGCUCUGUUUACAUCCUUUCUAGCUCUUCUUUUGUAAAAUAAACAUUUGUAAACCGC